AUGCAUGAUACCGUAUCCAGAGUUCGGCUGUUGCUGCCUGUUCAUUGUGAGCCGUUCGAUUCGAAACUGAUGGGGCAAAUGAAAACGUCGCAGGUUCAGUACUUGCAGCUGCGACCAAAGUUGCAAGAGGGCGAAGACUGGUUUGAAGAGUUUAUGGCUGAAACGCUGGGUGUUCCUGGCGCCCAUUUGAUCGCUGCGGAUGCUUCGAUUGUUGGCGGAAGGGGAGUACGUAUUUUGCAGCUGGACCAAGGGCAGGCUCCUCUUGGCGAAGCAGCGAAUUUGGCUGAAGUUCUGUUGCGAGUUGUUCGGGCUGUCAUGGGGGCCUGCCGAAGGAGUAAAGACUGGAAGGAGGUGUACGUCAGUCUGAUGCUUCCACCGAGAAUGCUUAAAAGACGCAACAGAAAGACGGUACCGCUGCUGAACGCAUGCAUGCGAAGAAUCGAGGAGGCGUACGAUGAAAUCGAGUCAAAAGUGGCCAUGGAUGAGGUGUUUAUUAAAAUGGCUUUCGAAAUAUUCGAAUUGAUAGAUCAUUCACGUGUUGAGGAAGAAUUUUUUUCUGUGCCCGGAAUCUCCAUCUCAAAUCGCUUCAAGAGGUGGGAACAGCUUUUGAAACGUGAUGAUUUCUCUGAGUUAUCUUCCAGAGUUAUUUUCGAAGUUCCCAUAACUGAUGAUGAAGUGGCACUACAACAUAAAACCUGA